GUGUGUGUGUGUGCGUGUGUGCGUGUGUGUUGUGUAAUUUAUGUUACUCUGUGAUGAUGGCGACGCCUCUUUCAUAUCUGGAGCCUAUCACGUCCCCCCUGCGCGUCAGACACACCUCCAAAAUAUGACCACUUACUAAAUGUAUAUAUCAUAGGUUAGAGAAGUCAGCCCGAGUCUGAGUCACUGGUAGAGACUCAACACGUCAAAAAAAGACAAGACAAUCAUCUACUCGGGCAAUAAAGAAAGUUUAAAGAGACAUAGUCCAUUGAGUCUUUAUAUUAAAUGAGUUUUUAUAUUUGAAUGUUGAGGCUCUGAACGAGCGAGACGCCACAUCUUAAAGUUAGUGGCAUGUCAGAGCGCUGUCAGUCAUAGGUGAGGAUAACAGUCCAGACUGUGUUGUUUUGUGAUUUUUUUUUUUUUUUUAUUGUACAUGCUCUUAUUUGACGGGACACAAGAGCGGAGACUUAUGACAUUACUCACAGACCGGGAGCGGGGCUGCAAAUGGGCGGCAUAGGUGGCAAUCUCUACCUCAGCAUGUUGAAUGGGGCUGAAACGCAAACUUUCGGAAAGAACACCGACAUCAGCAGUCACCUCCACCGCGGCGGCAAGGAUCUAGCCGAGAUUAAAAUGGGGAUUCAGGACGCGAGGUUUUACUACCCGGACUCGGUUCAAAGCGGCCAGGACGCUCUGGCUCUGCCGUACCACUCGGAGCAGGCGGUGGGAGCGUACGGAGCGCAGUCCAGCAGGUUUUACGCACAGACCCUCAGCAGCUGCCCGUACGGCGGCGUGCGGUCGCCGCCGAGAAGCGGAGCCGGGCAGGGUUACAUCCCGACGGCAGGAGACGGCUUUCCUACGGGCGGUAAAGACGUGUACUCCCCGUCUCCGGAGAAUUACCCAGCGAGCUUUCAGCACGGUUACCAGCGGCCGCCUCUCUACCCUCUACCUGGGCUACAGGUGAGCGGGAAGACUCAGGCUCUGCUCAAUAACUACCCGCUAUGGGCCAAGUUCCACAAGUUCCAAACCGAGAUGAUAAUCACCAAACAGGGGAGGAGGAUGUUCCCCUUUCUGAGCUUCAACAUCAGUGUCCUGGAGCCGUCUGCCCACUAUAACGUCUACGUGGACGUGGUUCUGGCAGAUCAACACCACUGGAGAUACCAGGGCGGCAAGUGGGUCCAGUGUGGGAAGGCAGAAGGUAACAUGCCAGGGAACAGGAUGUACAUGCACCCAGACUCUCCCAACACAGGAGCUCACUGGAUGAGACAAGAGGUGUCGUUCAGCAAACUCAAGCUCACCAACAACAAGGGCAGCACCAACAAUGUGGCACAGAUGAUAGUGCUCCAGUCGCUCCACAAGUACCAGCCUCGUCUCCACAUCGUGGAGGUGAAGGAGGACGGCUCGGAGGACCCCUUCCUCUCAUCCAAAGCUCAGACCUUUGUCUUCCCGGAGACUCAGUUCAUCGCCGUCACCGCCUAUCAGAACGCAGAUAUCACUCAGCUGAAAAUAGACCAUAACCCCUUCGCUAAAGGUUUCCGUGACAAUUAUGACACGCUGUACGCUCCUCCCGACUCUGAUCGCCUCACACCCUCCCCCACAGAGAGCCAGCAGCUGCUGCCAGGGAGCUGCUACCCUCAAGGCUACCUCUCUGAGCAGUACAUGAGCCCCCUGCCCCAGAGCCGCUUCUACAGCCGUGAGCCUAUUGGCAUGGGCCAGCAGCACAAAGACCCGGCCUCAAGCUCCAGCCCUCACAGCCGCUGGUACCUGUCGCCUCAGCAGGGUGUGGCCCCCAACCGGCUUGACUUCACUUCCUCCUAUGAGGGGGACUUCUCUGGAAAUGGCUUCUACAAGCCUUUCCCCUUGCAGACAUCCGCUCACCAUGCUCUCAGCUACUACCCAGACCACCCUUUUGCAUCUACUAGUGUGUCUGUAUCAGGAGCCACCUCAGCAGGCUGGAGCACCAGCCGGCCCACCCCUCAGUACCUUAGUCACCCCAGUAAACCCGGCCCAAGUCUGGGCUGGUUCAGACCCAUAUCAUCUUCUUCCUCCUCCUCAUCUUCUUCCACGUCACCUGGCAACCCCAGGCUGCACCCUCCCUCGCUCCUCGAGCCUCUGCAGCCGCCCCUGCUGCAGGAAAAGCCCAAAGACAGUGUGGGAGUGGUGGGAGAGGACCCCUGGCUCGAAACUCCGGCUGUGAAAUCAGCAGACUCUGCAGACUCAGGCCUGUUUGAGGGCAGCGUGGGCGACAACAAGAAGAGGAGAGUGUCACCCUACACGUCCAGCACUGAAAACUCCCCACCUCCGCGAAGUGGAGACGUCUGCGAGAAGGACAGCAACAGCAAUGCAGACUACUAUGGCUACUACACCCACUGAAGACCUCACACGUCACCCAGGUCGCCACAGUCUCUCCCAGCAUCCUCUCCCACACCGCCCUCAUGGACACGCGUCGGUCUGUCCAGUCAGGUUCAGGUGCUGAAGAUAAAUACCAGAACCGCGCAACAGAACAUGCAACCUCAUCUACUGCCACAUCACCAGAGUCCACACAGUGUGGCCAGCCUCUCUAUAAAGUUCCCUAUUCAAAGUGUCAAAUGAUUACAGGAGGAACUUCCAAGGUUACUGUCAAACUCAGUGUUGAACAGGAGUGGAUUUGACUGGUACACUGCCCUAGAGUCACAUAAACACCAAACAGACAUACAGACCUGUGACUUAAGCCUUUGAAACAUCUGGAGGAAAAAAAAACAACAACAAAAAAAACAUCUGCAUAUCUGCUUGCUGACAGACGCCUGCAGGGAUUGUCUGUUCUUUAUGCAUCAAACACUCUCUCCGUCUCCUUUGCUCUGUCUUGUCUCCGCCUGUCUCUUCCUUCUCACACUCAGCAAUUCACACCUACUCUAAAUAUGAUCACGUUCAUUUCCCCCCUGAUCAAUGUGAAGCAGAAUUAACAUAUAACUCGCUGCAGCCUCCUCCCCUAAUCCGACCCAAGUCGUUUACCGCAGCUCCCACUAGUGGCGGCUCCGUGCAGAGUGUCUGCGUCAACUCAUGUCAGGGGGGUUAAGAGAGCUUAGCAAGCACAUGCUCUGAAGUAAGGCCGCUAAUCUGCCUCAACCCUGCGAGGACAAUCUUUUUGUGUGUAUUUCUGUGUGUGUGUGUGUGUGUGUGUGUGUCUGUGUGUGUGGUGCUGUUAAGUAAAUCAGCAAACACUUGCAGAAGGUACAACUGGAGGCAAUCACGGUUUCUAUGAAUCACUGAUGUGGGAUUAUAGUUUAGUUUACAUUUACAGCAACACACUGCCACACUGUCUGGUUGCAGUGUCAUGUGAUUAAAUCCAAACACUGGUUAAUAUGAUAAAAUCAAAAGGUUUCAGUUGCUCAUGAUCGAUUCAUGACUGAGCCAAACCUCACUUACAGAUGUUUAAAGAGGAGGUUUUUUUCGUUUAAUCGAUUAGAUAAUUGAUUAUCGAUCUAUUUUGAGAAUCAAAUAAUUGUUUUGAUCAUUUUUAAGUUGAUUCUAGCCUCUCACAUGUGAGGAUUUGCCACUUUUCUUUGUUUUACAUGAUAGUAAACUGAGCAUCUUUGGGUUUUGUGCGGUUGGUCAAACAAAAAGAGACAUUUGAAGACAUCACCUUGGGCCAUUAUAAGUUAUAGGCUAUUGAUUAUAAUUAUAACAACUUUCUCUAUAUUCAGACAUUUCAUAGACAAAAGCAGAAGAUUAAAUUAGCAGAUUAAUUGAUUAUGAAAAUAAUCUUAAAUUGCUCAAUAAGAAAAAUUCUCAACACAAGAUCCAACUUAGUUGUUUCCAAAGUUUUCAGGCGCAUCUCAUGGCCUUCUUCAUUGAAUGGAGUUGCCUAGUUGUAAUGGAGAUUAUCAGGUGACUGAAAUGUGGAACUUCAGUCACAAGUGUUCAAAGAUGGUUUCUGGCAUCAGUAAACUGACUCCUGGUUGAUGACCUUUGACCUGCUGUGACUGGUUUUGGUCUGGGGUUGCCCCUUUUCUGGGCUUCAUUCAGCGUCUUAUCCAGGGUUUAACAGAUGUAGAGUAGGCACAUCUACACCACAAAAUUACAAAUUUUGAUGUGAACUAAUAGUGAAAAAACACAUACACAAAAAACAGAUGUGUGACGUGUGUGAAAAUGCUUCUAUUUUAAGGCGUAGCUCAACUUCUCCUUGUGCAUCAGCUUUAAGGUCAUUUAAAGAGAUGGAUGAACAGAUGCAGUAAGGUUGAGCUGCUUGCUACCCGUCGUAAAAAACAAGGCCAGCUCCACACUUCCUGCGUUGAUAGAGUGAAAAAAGCCUCAUUAUAGCAAAGGCUCAGCCCUCUCCUACAAUCAGUCGAUUUGAAAACGCUUCUGUCACCACACCAUGUAAUAAAGCCCAGGAUCAAUAAGAGCAUUGAUAAUGGCGUAACUGGAAAACAGUAUUGGCAGAGGGAAGUGUGACAGCUUAAAACACAAACACAAUCUCCACCAGUGUACAUGAACAAAACGUGGUCCACAGUACAGUAAUAUAACAAUAUCAUCUAUAAAUUUAUAAAAAUUAUCCAUUUUGAGGCUCAUGGAAAAACAAAGUAGUAGGACUAAUGAUACUCCCUAAUCCUGUAUCUGUUCCCCAUACAGUUCCCUUACAGGAGCAGAGCAACAGUGCUAAAAGUGGGUCAUUCAGUACAGCCACAUAAACCUGCAGGUAAACAGACAAGGCACUGUCACCCUCAGACCACCAUGAACAGGAAGCACAAAGUGACCAGACAGACACUCUGAACCCCCCCCCCACCACCACCACCACCACCACCACCACCACCACCACCAUCACCACCACCGCCACCACCACCAGUCCGUUGACCUAUCAUGUGGUGACACUGGUUGACAGAGGGGCCCGGCUCCCGGCCUGGUGACAGAAAUGAAGAGUGAGGCUGCAGUCGGUGCUGAUCAGAGAUCUGCUCCUCAUUCCUCACCAGGUGUGCUAAUGGCCUCAGACAACACUGGGGGCGACAGACAGGCACUCAGUCAGACAAGAUGGAGCAGGGUUACUGAAGUCUUUUUACUGGGAGAGAUGAAAUUACUUGCUUUUUUUAUGAGCUGAUGAAAACAGUCUAUGCUGUAUAUACUGUUGUAUAUUUACAAUGCUCUGAUUUCUAAGAUAGGAGAACAACCAGGCAAAAAAAAAUCAUUUAGAUUCUGCUUAAGGAAAUAUUUUUAUUAAUUAAUUAAUAUUUGCUUCUGUCUUGCUGAUUGAUACACUAAAAAUGGAGCUAGAGCCAGAAGCUGCUUAGCUUAGCUUAGUUUAGCUUAGUAUAAAGCCUGGAAACAGGGGGAAAAAGUUAGCCUAGCUCAUUCACCAAGAAAUAAUCUGGCACAGGACCCUUCAUAAAAACGUAAAUUGUCAGUUUUCCUUAAAUUAAACAAAACAAGAUAUAAUUUCAAUCAGUGAGCUUUAAAGGUGUUUCUAGUGUAGACUGGUGUUUCCAGUCUUUAUGCUAACCUAGGUUAAGCUAACUCUUACUGUAGCUUCAUCUUUUCCAUACAGACAUGAGUGUUAUCAGUCAAUAAGCGUAUUUUCCAAAAAUGUUAAACAAUUUCUUCACAUUAGUAGAAAAACAGUAAAAAAAAAAACUUGAUCGAAUGAUCGAAGCACAUGCCACCAUGCAUUUUGUACAUAAAUGUGGAAAUAUAACUAACUGCUUUAGCUGCCAUUGAGGACACUGAGGUCGUGUCAUCUGGCUUUAUUUCAGUCAAUUAUUUUGUGGGUAUUUUACUGGCUGAUUCCGGUAUUUUAAGACUCAACAUAUUUGAAUUUGAUGAGAUUUAAACCAGCAAAAAUUGAACUAAUUGAGGAGUUCCCAUCCUGGCAGAGCAGAGAGGUCUUUGAACCAACAUUUGGACCUUUAUGUUGGGAGCUGAAUUUAUAAAAUAUGAAUUAGACAAUUUUACCUUUUGUUUUUGGUGUCUGGUCACUUUUCCAAAAGGAUGUAGGGUUGUUUUAUGGGGGAUUUAUUUCUAUAUAUUUCUAAAAUCCUGGCUACUGUUUGCCUUAUUUCACAUGUCAACACUCUCAGUUAAAGACUUUUAGCUCUUUUCUGAGCUGAGCUGAUUUAAUACAAGUGUUGUAUAAAACACUUACACUGGAUCUACUGGAAGUUAAAUAUAAUUACAAGAUAUAAGAUAGACAAAAAUCUCUCUUCUGCAGCACUUGGUCUUAACGGCGAUGUUGAUGCAAAAAGGACAAACUGUGUGACAGUUCAGUCCUUUAAAUGAGCAUUUAAAUAAUGAAGUUAAAUGAUAAUGAAGUGAUUUUAUGCUGAAAAGAGAAUGGAUAUAUUGUAUGAUGAAAAAUAUGAUGUAUGACGUGUGUUGCUUGUGUAACAUUUCCAAAAGUUGUACCAUUUAAUGUUUAUGUUGACAUCUGUCACGGAAAGAUGAUGAUGAUUCUUAAUGUACCUUAAGGAAGGUGUACAAUGGACAAUUCUUGUUUCAAGUGCAAUUAAUAGAAAGAAAAUUAGUUUAGAAUUGAAGAUGACAUUUUAAAAAAAACAAAACAAUGAGCACUGGCCUGUGGACAAUGUCAGUUAUUUAUUCUAUGUGCUGUGGUUUGUUGCGUGGUACUCUCAGUGACCCUGCACCUACACAAGUGCAAGAUCUCACAUCAAACAGCAGCAGAGAAAAAAGCUUUCACACGCCUCAGGAACGACCCCUGCUGGAUAUCUCAGCUAUCACAAUCAACUUCAGCCAAUGAACCACAAACCCCUGGCGUCACCUCCAUUUCCCAUGAGUCCGUGUUUCCCUUGAACACACAUCUCUGUUGGCAGGAGACGAAGACUGUGCGUGGGAGCUGUCUUUCCACAGAUUUUACUGUAUAGUAUAGAAAUAGAGGAGUGAAGAAGGGAGAGCGGUCAAGGCAGAGCAACAAGCAUGUUUUUUUUUUUUUUUUUUGUGUGUGUGUGAUCCAUGUGCACUGUCUUUGUCAAGGGAGCAAUAAUCCUCCUUUGACUCUUUCAUUGAGAGCUUAUAAAUUCAGAAACAAAUAAGAGAUGAAGAGUUCUGAGGGGGAAACUGUUAUUUAUUAAAGGUGGCUUAAUUGUGUAAUGUACUGUUGUUUUUUUAUUCAUGAAAUUAAAGCUUACACAUGA